CAGGGGCUCUGGGGGGCUGCAGAAUAUAAAAGACGCUCAUCUACUUCUUGGCACAUCUAUCUGACUCGAGGGAGACGCCUGCACCAUGAUGAAGUGUUGCCUGUUGUCAUUGCUGCUGGCUUUGGGCUGCAUGCACAUCCGAGGUGCACCGGUGGACCAGGACGCCAUGGCCAUGGAGUCUUGUGAAGAUGCUGUGGCCCUGGGCGCUGCCAAGGAAGCUCUUAGCAAGAUUAACCAAGAGCGGCAGGAGGGCUACAUCCUGAGCCUCCAUCGCUUAUCCAACGCACACUCCACCAAACACGGAGAGACGGGCAUCGUCUUCUAUCUGACCUUGGAUGUUGUCGAAACCAACUGCAGUGUGCUCAGCAGAAAGGACUGGAAGGACUGCGAGGCUCGCCCCACUGAACAAACACCUGUGUACGGCCAGUGCAAAGCAGCCAUCUACAUGAACAGGGUGCACAGGGUGGUGCGGCUCUACAAGUACAACUGCGUCAUCAGACCAGUGCCCGCAGAGAGAGUGCACCGAUUAUGCCCAGACUGUUCAACUUAUGUGGAUUUCGAUAACGCCGAGGUUCAGAAGACCGUCUCGGAAUCCCUGGAGAAGUUCAACAACAAGAGUGGAUUGGGCAAUCAAUUUGCUUUGCUGAAUAUCAGCCGAGCCACAUCAGGGAUGGCCAUGGGAAUGUAUUACCACGUAGAGUACAGCAUCCAGGAGACGACCUGCCCCAACAACAAAGAAACAAAGACGGACAACUGCCCACUCAUGCAGUGCGAGUUUUCUCACAAAGGUUUCUGCAAGGCCUCGCACUUCCACAGUCCUGCUGGUGAUGGUGAGGUCAGCGUAGAGUGUGAGAUCUAUGAGGCCGAGGCUGCUGAGCGAGAGAAGAAAGUCCACUUCGGCACAGAGAUUGAUCACGUUCACAACGACACGCACAGCGACGGCCACGACCAAGCGCACGCCGCAGACUCUGCGCACACGCAUGACCACAUCCACGACCACACUAAGAGCCACGCUCACCACAAUAGUGAUCACUCCAAGGACAGCGACCACCACCACACCCAUGACCAUCAGGGGGGAAGCGCCCACAGGCACGCACACGACCACUCCCACGACCACGGGCACGGGCAUGAUCACGUGCACACCCACCACGCCAAGGCGCACGAUCAUAGCGCCGACUCGCCCAACCAACACCAUAACUACAAGCAUGAAGAAGGUGUGCACACGCACGACCACGACCACGAACUUGCCCUCGACCACGAGCACAAGCACGCUCACUUGCAUGAGCACGAACAUCAUCAUCAUCAUCACACGCACGAGCACGAGACAACGUUCCACGACAAUCCAGAGGGCGUCGUCAGGGUGCUUCCGGCCUUGGGCCAAGCCACGAGCGCGCCUUCCUCGCCCGAGGUACCUGCAGGCGAAGAGGCGGUCGUGCUGCCUCUGGUGCCCGAUCCGCAGAUCCCCGGUGAGAUGCAACCGAGCAUUCGGUCCUUCCCCGCUUCGGUUUCUUCUCAGUGUGCGGCGCCACUAGUACGAGCAAAGCUGGUUGGGAAACUCUUUGCAGAAGACCCCAUGUUCAAGGCCACCGCCUAGAUGGCGCGUCGGAAGCAAGUGGCGUUCUUGGAUACUUCAUUUCCUCUUGGUUGCACAAUAUCAAUAAAGAAUGACAGAAAUACGCAGCUGUUGCUCGAAACUAACAUUAACUAAUGUUCUUUUCAGUGACCACCACUUUUCUGUUUUUGUUUUUUACCGGCCUAGGGCAUAUUGAAAAUUAAAACUGAAUACAGUAA